AUGAUAAUUUUUCUUUCAAUCAAGUUCCCUAUUCUAGAGAAUGGAGGUGGUCUUCUGGUUCUCCCUUACAUUAUGACUAUAUCCAUUGUCAAUUUUCAGGGAAUCCUUGUAUUGGCAGCCACAAAUCGCCCUUAUGCAAUAGACGCUGCACUAAUGCGCCCGGGGCGUUUUGACCUGGUGCUGUAUGUGCCCCCACCUGAUUUGGAAGCUCGAUAUGAAAUACUCUGUGUACAUACACGUGGCAUGAAGCUAGGGAAUGAUGUCAAUCUCUGUAGACUAGCAGAAGAUACUGAGCUAUUCACAGGUGCCGAACUUGAGGGUUUAUGCAGGGAAGCCGGAAUUGUUGCUCUAAGAGAAGACAUAUCAGCUACUGUUGUGUGUGACCGCCAUUUUCAGGUUGUGAGAAAUUCUGUGAAUCCAGCAUUAACAAAAGAAGAAAUUGAUUCCUAUUCAUCUUUCAUGAAGACCUCGUCUUCUGCAUUUUCUAGGCAUGUAGAAUCAAGUUCAAAACAUGAUAGAAAGAAAAGUAGUAACAUUUUAGGCUCCAUGGUUAAACUUGGUAUUUCAGCUAUUUGA